CAUCACCCGCAUUCAUCAUCCUUCUCUUUCUCUUCGCUGGCAUGCCUUUUUCAAUUCCUUCUGCCCCCUCCCCUUAUGUUUUCCUUUUUGCUUGAGUAACUUAAUCAAUUAACAUCCAACAAUUGGAUUACGUAAAGAAUUAGAAAAUUCUCAUCAAAACCUGACCUUUUCCUGUAAUAUGUAUUCCAAAUUCCAGAUCUGAAAUCUCAACUCGGAAUUUCAAUUCUCGUUUUCGGUAAAUGUCGAUGUCUACCACGUAUUGGUGUUACAGAUGCAAUAGGUUCGUAAGGGUCUGGACCCGAGAUUCAAUAUCAUGCCCCGAUUGCAACAGCGGCUUCAUCGAGGAGGCAGACAAUCCGGCGAGAUCCUCAGUCUCCGAAUCUCGUCGCCGCCGUUUCCCCGCCGCUGCUGCGAUGUACAUGUUGCCAAAUUCGGGUCUAAAUUCCGGGUCAGAUUCCGGGUCAAGCCCGAGGUUCAGGAGGAGCAGAAGAAGUGGGGGAGACAGAUCUCCGUUUAACCCGGUGAUUGUCCUCCGAGGGCCGUCCGACAACGGCGGUGGUGCUGGGUUUCAGCUUUACUAUGACGACGGGGCAGGGUCGGGGUUGAGGCCAUUACCAUCCACCAUGUCGGAGUUUCUACUCGGGUCGGGGUUCGACAGAUUGUUGGAUCAGUUGGCCCAGAUUGAAGCCAAUGGGCUUGGAAGAAUGGAGAGGCCGCCGGCGUCAAAAGCGGCGAUCGCUUCGCUGCCCACCAUUGAAAUCGUGGACUCUCACAUAGCUUCAGAGUCCCAUUGUGCUGUUUGUAAGGAUCCAUUUGAGCUCUGUAAUGAGGCCCGGGAAAUGCCCUGCAAACAUUUGUACCAUUCAGAUUGCAUCCUCCCAUGGCUGUCACUGCGAAAUUCAUGCCCUGUUUGCAGAUAUGAACUCCCCGCCGGAGACUCGGAGGAGCCAAACAGCGUGCCAUCAACCAACGACCAAAGCGCCGCCACGGCCAACGUAGAUCAAACCGUGGGGUUGACAAUAUGGAGAUUGCCCGGGGGAGGAUUCGCCGUGGGAAGGUUUGCCGGCGGAAGAAGGGGAGGGGAGAGAGAGCUUCCUCUCGUGUACACUGAAGUGGACGGCGGACUCAACGGAAAUGGAGUGGCGAGGAGGAUUUCUUGGGGGAAUGUGGCGUCACGGAGGCGAAGUGGUGGCUUGAGGAGGGCUGUCCGGAACUUGUUUGCGUGCUUCGGUGGCGGCGUGACAUCGUCAGGCUCGAGUUCGAGCCUGGGUUCAAGGAUUACUCACAGUAGUGUGACGCCAUCAGCAAUCUGACCCGAGGUUUGAGGAUAGCGAUGACCUUAAAAAGAGAAGAGAAGAGAAGAAGGUUGAUAUCCUCAAUCAAAAUGUAAAUUUGUAAACAAUACAGGACUCUGUAACAGUAUAUGCGGCUCCCAUUAGUAAGUGAGUGAGUUCUUUCUAUACAAGUUUCUUUUACCUCUCUACUUUUUCAAACUCGUUAUCAAACGGAUUCUUUCUUAAGACCAGACCGAUCAACUAAUUGCAAGUUAGGAAUUCAACAAGUUACCAACUAUUGACGCUCAACUUUACCAAGAAAAAGCGAGACGUCAACUAAUCAAUCUUAAACAAGUUACUUAAAGCAGAAAAAGUGGGACAUGAGGGCCCACUUAUUGACAUCCUUUUUACCAAGUACGUAGUAAAGAAGGCUUGAUUAGUGGAGUAACUAACUAUUGCCACUUAGCGACAUUCAACAAGUUACCAACUAUUGCCUGGGGGUGUGGAAUGUCAAAUCCUCCCUCCGAUCAAGUAAAGAAGACGAUCCCCUCAACCCACGCAAUUCAAUUAGUACAUUGUUAACCAUGAGAAAUCGAGACGUUUGCAGGAAUCAAUAAUUUUCGAGCAAAGAGUUGAGAGCUUGUAACACUACUCCUUAAGGCGUUUAACAAAUUUUCUUGGUGCUCAGGCUCAGUCAUAGCUUCGAGUAUUUGCUAGCCGAGCUCUAGGCAUCUCGGUCUGACACCCUUCUCGGCCGAGCAAGCUCUGCCUAGUCCUCGCUUUGCUAUAUGUGAGUUAUUCUCAUGUAGUAGGUGAUCGACCUUUUCAAGAAUUAUCCCAUGACGGCAACCAUCUUCCCAAGGGUCAUCCAUCGAGUUUAGUCAUCUACUCAUCUUCUUCAAGGCCACCUACUAUGAGCUCAUCAAAUUUCGCAACAGUCAUCACAUUAGGUUGGCCACCAUCUCGAAGGUUAUUCAAUGAGUUUGGUCACCUUAGUGAGGCUCUUCGUGUGAGGUUGAGGGGCUGGUCAUCUAGGCAAGGUCAUCCCAUGAAGUCGGCCAUCUACCAAGGGUCAUGUCAUGAGGUCAAAUAUUUUCAUGAAGAUCAUCUUAUGAGGUUUGCAAUUUCCCUGCAGGUUAUCGUAUAAGGUCAACCUCCCUUCUCAAGGGUCAUCCCAUGAGGUUGGCCACAUUGCUCAAUGCUGAGGUCAAUUAUCUUUUUGAAGGUCGUCUCAUGAGGUCGGCCGUGUCACUCCCCAUACAACUGUUGCACAACCCAACUAAGGCAACCGUAGUCCACCUUUUUUAGGUCUUCCAUCUUCACGAUGGUCAACUCAUGAGGUUGACUACUUCCUUGAAGGUUAUCCUAUGAAGUCGACCACAUUUCAAAUGGUCAUCCCAUUAGGUUGAUUUGAGUAAUGAGGUCUUCCCCGAAGCUAACACCACGACAUAUACACAUCCAUCGAGUUACUCAAUCAUCCACUCGCUCGAUGUGUGAAGUUGAAAGGCCACAAUUAUAGGACCUUUGCCCACAUGAUAGAUAAGAUAACCCUAUUCACUACCCAUGCCAUGAUGGGACCAAUUUCUUUGGGUAAGGAGGCAAAUUCACGAUCCACCCAAUGAGUUUCUGCUAUUAAAUCGAGUAACUAGUUUAGCUCAGAAUGCUCGAGAUUGCGUUUUACGAACAUUAUUCUUGUUCUCAAUAUGUGAGCUACACAUGAGCUCUUAACGUUUGAUGAACAAAUUGAGAUUAAAGAUCAACUCCAAGUGUGGAUAUAUAAAAUGAGCAAAGCAGAAAUAAUUAAUGUAUUGCAAAAUAUUGAUGAUGAUUCUAAGAAGAUGGUUGCGUUUAGAAUCCAUAAAACUUUUUCCUUUA